ACAAAAAACAAUGAAAUUGAUACUUUUAGAGGAGGAAAAAGAGGCCAAAAAUCACUAUUAUCGAGUUCCCAUAGAGAAAAGGCAUUUCGUGAUAAAUCGUCAUCAAGUAAUAUUUUCAAAGAAAAAAGAGAGGAAGGAACUCGUAAAACUUCAAGAGAAUUAUACACGGGAAAAAAGAGAAAUCUCAGGAAUAAUAAUUCAAAAUUACCUAAAGUAGUAUCUGAGAUUUACAAAACAUCAGAUAAAUCACGAUUUGAUUCAUAUCGGGAUAUUGAGAGUAAUAGUAGUAGCAGUAAUGCUGUUCCUACUGUUAUUGCUGACUCUUCUGAAUACAAACUUUAUCAAUAUAAUGCUAUUGAUGAAGAUAAAAACAAGCGUCUCGAUCAUUUUUUACGUGAGCGUACAGGAUUACCAAUAACCAAGAUUCUCAUGUCUAUACGGAAAAAAGACGUCAAGUUAUAUCGAGCAGAAGAAGCAAAACAGGAGUGUGAGCGUUCGUCAUUAAACUCAUAUCGUAUACAACCGGAUGAUGUAGUCUCGAUUUGGUGCCCUGAACUAAAAUAUAAUACAGUUGUUUUAAAAAAACUUGCUCGUGAUAGAACACCUUUGUCUGAAGAGAAGAUACAGGAGAUUCGUAGCUGGGUUAUUUAUAAGGAUGAAGAUAUUUUGAUUAUUAAUAAACCAUCCGGAUUGGCUGUACAAGGUGGUUCAAAAAUUUAUGAAAGCGUGGAUGGGUUUUUACAUGCCUUACAGUAUGAUGCUCAAGAUAUACCACGUCUCGUACACAGAUUAGACAAGGCUACUUCAGGCGCACUUAUUCUCGCGCGGACAAAAUCGGCAGCUACUAGAUUAGCAUUGAUGUUCUCGGAAAACAAGCUGGAGAAGAGG